CCAUGGGUAACCACUUUCCUGCAGCUGAAGCUGGAUGAGGUGAACAGCACAGCUGCCCAGCACCGCCUCCAUGCCCUCCUGGAGGACCUGGUGGAGAUGGAGAAGGUUCUCCGUGACAUGAACAUCCUCUCAGCGCUGGCCAAGCUGCUGCCCAGGGGAGCCUGUGCCAGCAAGGCCCCGCCACCCACUGCCAACAGCACUGGCUGGGCCAGUGCCAACGCCACGGCCAGCAACACCACAGUAGAGGAGGAGGGUGCUGGGGGGAGCCCAGCCAGGGGUGACAACCCCCAGGGGCAGUUCUCAGCAUUUGUGCAGCUCUGGGCUGGGCUGCAGCCCAUCCUCUGUGGCAACAACCGGACAAUCGAGCCUGAGGCGCUGAAGCAGGGCAACAUGAGCUCGCUGGGCUUCACCAGCAAGGAGCAGCGGAACUUGGGCCUCCUUGUGCACUUGAUGACCAGCAACCCCAAAAUCCUGUAUGCACCUGUGGGCACUGAAGUGGAUAAGGUCAUUCUGAAGGCUAAUGAGACUUUUGCCUUUGUGGGCAACGUCACGCACUAUGCCAAAGCAUGGCUGAACAUCUCCCCUGAGAUCCGUGCCUACCUGGAGGAGGGCAGGCUGCAGAGGCGCAUCCGCUGGCUCCAACAGUUCACUGCUGACCUACACAAGCACCCAGAGAUCCUGAAUGUCUCUGACAAUGAUGUUCUCCACAACUUCCUCAAUGGCAACUUCUCCCUGCCCAACGCCAGCGUCCUGCUCCAGCAGCUGGACGCCAUUGACAAUGCUGCCUGUGGCUGGGUCCAUUUCAUGGCCAAGGUCAGCGUGGACAUCUUCAAAGGCUUCCCAGAUGAGGAGAGCAUCGUAAACUACACGCUGAACCAGGCCUACCAGGACAACGUCACAGUCUUUGCCAGUGUCAUCUUCCAGACCAACAGGGAUGGGUCACUGCCUCCCCACGUCAUGUACAAGAUCCGGCAGAACUCCAGCUUCACAGAGAAGACCAACGAGAUCCGGCGGGCAUACUGGCGGACAACCCCCAACACCCCUUGACCUCUGCUUCUCCUCCCAGACAUGAUGGAGCGUGCCAUCAUCAACACAUUUGUUGGCCACGACGUGGUGGAGCCUGGCAACUAUGUGCAGAUGUUCCCAUACCCAUGUUACACCCGGGAUGACUUCCUCUUUGUCAUUGAGCAUAUGAUGCCCUUGUGCAUGGUGAUCUCCUGGGUCUACUCAGUGGCCAUGAUGAUCCAGCACAUUGUGACAGAGAAGGAACAUCGCCUGAAAGAGGUGAUGAAGAUGAUGGGUUUGAACAAUGCGGUGCAUUGGGUGGCUUGGUUCAUCACUGGCUUUGUCCAGCUUUCCAUCUCGGUCACGGCACUCACGGCCAUCCUGAAGUAUGGCAAGGUCCUGAUGCACAGCGAUGUCCUCAUCAUCUGGCUCUUUCUUGCCAUCUACGCAGUGGCCACUAUCAUGUUCUGCUUCCUGGUAUCCGUGCUCUACUCCAAGGCCAAGCUGGCCUCUGCCUGCGGCGGCAUCAUCUAUUUCCUCAGCUAUGUGCCCUACAUGUAUGUGGCCAUCCGGGAGGAGGUGGCGCAUGACAAGAUCACAGCCUUUGAGAAGUGCAUUGCGUCCCUCAUGUCCACCACAGCCUUCGGACUGGGCUCCAAGUACUUUGCGUUGUAUGAGGUGGCCGGUGUGGGCAUCCAGUGGCACACCUUCAGCCAGUCGCCUGUGGAAGGAGAUGACUUCAACCUCCUCCUGUCUAUGAUGAUGCUGAUCGUGGAUGCUGUGGUGUAUGGGGUGCUCACAUGGUACAUUGAGGCUGUGCACCCAGGUAUGUUUGGCUUGCCGCGGCCCUGGUACUUCCCCUUCCAGAAGUCCUACUGGCUGGGCAAUGGGCGAGUGGAGACCUGGGAGUGGACAUGGCCAUGGUCCCGCACCACCCGCCUCAGCAUCAUGGAGGAGGAUCAGGCCUGCGCCAUGGAGAGCCGGAGGAUGGAGGAGACACGUGGCAUCGAGGAGGAGCCCACCCAUCUCCCCUUGGUUGUCUGCAUUGACAAACUCACCAAGGUCUACAAGACGGAUAAGAAGCUGGCACUGAACAAGCUGAGCCUCAACCUCUAUGAGAACCAGGUGGUGUCCUUCCUGGGGCACAACGGCGCAGGGAAAACCACCACUAUGUCCAUCCUCACUGGCUUGUUCCCUCCAACCUCGGGCUCCGCUACUAUCUACGGCCAUGAUAUCCGAACGGAGAUGGAUGAGAUACGAAAGAACCUGGGCAUGUGUCCCCAGCACAAUGUGCUGUUUGACAGGCUGACGGUGGAAGAGCACCUGUGGUUCUACUCACAGCUCAAGAGCAUGGCAGAGGAGGAGAUCCGCAAGGAGAUGGACAAGAUGAUUGAGGACCUGGAGCUGUCCAACAAACGCCACUCCCUGGUGCAGACUCUAUCAGGGGGCAUGAAGAGGAAGCUCUCGGUGGCUAUAGCCUUUGUGGGUGGGUCACGGGCUGUGAUCUUGGACGAGCCUACGGCUGGUGUGGACCCAUAUGCACGCAGGGCCAUCUGGGACCUCAUCCUCAAGUACAAGCCAGGGAGGACCAUCCUGCUCUCCACACACCACAUGGACGAGGCUGACCUGCUGGGUGACCGCAUCGCCAUCAUCUCCCAUGGCAAGCUCAAGUGCUGUGGCUCUCCACUCUUCCUUAAGAGCACGUAUGGUGAUGGCUACAAGCUGACGGUAGUGAAGAAGCAGUCGGACGCCAGAAAUGGCACAGAGUCAGCCCAGCCGCACAGCCCUCCAGCCCACUGCUCCGUCAGCCCCUGCUCUGAGCCUCGCGUCUCCCAGUUCAUCAAGAAGUACGUGGCCUCCUGCCUCCUCAUCUCGGACACCAAUACUGAGCUCUCCUACGUCCUGCCCAGCGAGGCUGUCAAGAAAGGGUGCUUUGAGAGGCUCUUCCAGCACUUGGAACAGAGCCUGGAGGAGCUGGACCUCACCAGUUUUGGGCUGAUGGACACCACGCUGGAGGAGGUCUUUCUGAAGGUGUCUGAGGAGGACCAGUCUCUCGAGAACAGUGACGCGGACAUGAAGGAGUCGAAGAAGGACACCCUGCAGCCACCCACCAUCGAGCUGGGCCCAAAGCCCGAGGCCAAUGGGGAGGUCCUGGCCGAAGCGGCUGUGCUGGAGAAGCCUGAGGUGGAGCUCAGCAACCUGGUGACAUGCUCCAAGCUGGCGCAGUCACAGGCGUCCCUGCGCUCAGCCUCCUCGGUGGGCUCAGUGCGGGGUGAUGAAGAGCAAGAGGCGGAGGUGGAGGACCACGACCUGGCUGGGCAGGGGAGCUUCAAGCUGGAGGGCUCCUGGCUAAAGCUGCGCCAGUUCCAUGGGCUGAUUGUCAAACGCUUCCACUGUGCCAAGCGCAACACCAAGGCCCUCUUCUCGCAGAUCCUCCUGCCCGCCUUCUUUGUCUGCGUGGCCAUGACUGUGGCACUCUCUGUGCCCGAAAUAGGUGACUUGCCACCCCUCAUACUCUCACCAUCGCAGUACCACAACUACACCCAGCCCAAGGGCAACUUCAUUCCUUAUGCUAAUGAAGAGCGGCGUGAGUACCGCAUCAGGCUGUCUCCUGAUGCCAGCCCCCAGCAGCUGGUGAACACCUUCCACCUGCCCUCUGGUGUGGGGGCCACCUGCGUGCUUAAGACACCCUUCAACAACACGCUGGACCAGCCCAUGCAGAACCUCAACAGCAAUGAGUCCAAGAUGCUGGCGGCCAAGUACUUUGAUGCCAUGUGCAUCGACUCCUUCACCCAGGGCCUGCCGCUCUCCAACUUUGUGCCGCCGCCUCCAUCCCCAGCUCCCUCUGACUACCCCAUCUCAGUGGAUGAGGACCUGCUCCAUGCCUGGAACUCCACUACUUUCUCUUCCACUGUCAAAGAGACUGUGACCUCAGCUCCUGCCCUGCCCCACGUUGUCCACGAGCCCAUCAAGUGCACGUGCUCCAUGCAGGGGACUGGCUUCUUCUUCCCCGGAGUUCACCCGCCACAGAUGAAGGUGGUGACAGGGGACAUCCUGGCAGACAUCACAGGGCGCAAUGUCUCUGAGUAUCUGCUCUACACCUCGGACCGCUUCCGGCUGCACAGGUACGGGGCACUCACCUUCGGCAACAUCCAGAAAUCCAUCCCAGCCUCCUUCGGGGCCAGGGCUCCUGCCAUGGUGCGCAAGAUCGCUGUGCGGAGAACGGCCCAGGUUUUCUACAACAACAAGGGCUAUCACAGCAUGCCCACCUACCUCAAUGCUCUCAACAACGCCAUCCUGCGAGCCAACUUGCCUAAGAGCAAAGGCAACCCUGCUGCCUAUGGCAUCACAGUCACCAACCACCCCAUGAACAAGACGAGUGCCAGCCUGUCCCUGGAUUACCUCCUGCAAGGUACCGAUGUGGUGAUCGCCAUCUUCAUCAUCGUGGCCAUGUCCUUUGUUCCAGCCAGCUUUGUGGUGUUCCUGGUGGCCGAAAAGGCCACCAAGGCCAAACAUCUGCAGUUUGUGAGCGGCUGUGACCCUGUCAUCUACUGGUUGGCCAACUACGUGUGGGACAUGCUGAACUACCUGGUGCCAGCCACAUGCUGCAUAAUCAUCCUGUUUGUGUUUGACCUCCCGGCAUAUACCUCUCCUACCAACUUCCCCGCCGUCCUCUCCCUCUUCCUGCUCUACGGCUGGUCCAUCACACCCAUCAUGUACCCUGCCUCCUUCUGGUUCGAGGUGCCCAGCUCCGCCUACGUCUUCCUCAUCGUCAUCAACCUCUUCAUUGGCAUCACGGCCACUGUCGCCACGUUCCUGCUGCAGCUCUUUGAGCAUGACAAGGAUCUGAAGGUGGUGAACAGCUACCUGAAGAGUUGCUUCCUUGUAUUCCCUAACUACAACCUGGGUCACGGCUUGAUGGAGAUGGCCUAUAAUGAGUACAUCAACGAAUACUAUGCCAAGAUUGGGCAGUUUGAUAAAAUGAAAUCGCCCUUUGAAUGGGACAUCGUGACACGGGGGCUUGUUGCCAUGACAAUCGAAGGCUUUGUCGGCUUCUUCAUCACCAUCAUGUGCCAGUACAAUUUCUUCCGGAAGCCCCAGCGGUUGCCCGUCUCCACCAAACCAAUUGAGGACGACAUAGACGUGGCCAAUGAGCGGCACCGUGUCCUGCGUGGUGAUGCUGACAACGACAUGCUGAAGAUUGAGAACCUCACCAAGGUAUACAAGUCCCGCAAGAUCGGGCGCAUCCUGGCUGUGGACCGGCUCUGUGUUGGUGUGCGGCCUGGGGAGUGCUUCGGGUUGCUGGGUGUCAACGGAGCGGGCAAGACCACCACCUUCAAGAUGUUGACAGGGGACGAGAGCACCACGGGUGGAGAGGCCUUCAUCAAUGGGCACAGCAUCCUGAAGGAGCUCCUGCAGGUCCAGCAGAGCUUGGGCUACUGCCCCCAGUUCGAUGCACUCUUCGAUGAGCUGACAGCCCAGGAGCACCUUGAGCUCUACACUCGCCUGCGUGGCAUUCCCUGGAAGGAUGAGGAGCGGGUAGGAGCCUGGCCCCCCCCAUGUCUGAAGAAGCUGGAGCUGACCAAGUACGCUGACAAACCUGCCAGCACCUACAGCGGGGGCAACAAGAGGAAGCUGUCCACAGCUAUCGCGCUGAUUGGAUACCCGGCCUUCAUCUUCCUGGACGAACCCACCACGGGGAUGGAUCCUAAGGCACGGCGCUUCCUCUGGAACCUCAUCCUGGAUGUCAUCAAAACAGGGCGCUCCGUGGUGCUCACAUCUCACAGCAUGGAGGAGUGCGAGGCGCUCUGCACUCGCCUGGCCAUCAUGGUGAACGGGCGGCUUAAGUGUCUUGGCAGCAUCCAGCACCUGAAGAACCGGUUUGGCGAUGGCUACAUGAUUACUGUGCGCACCAAGUCCAGCCUCAAUGUCAAGGAGGUAGUGAGAUUCUUCAACCGCAACUUCCCUGAAGCUGUCCUAAAGGAGCGGCACCACACCAAGGCCCAGUACCAGCUGAAGUCAGACCAGAUCUCGCUGGCGCAGGUCUUCAGCAAGAUGGAGCAGGUGGUGGACGUGCUGGGCAUUGAAGACUAUUCCGUCAGCCAGACCACACUGGACAAUGUAUUUGUGAACUUUGCCAAGAAGCAAAGUGACAACCUGGAGCAGCAGGAGACGAGCCCAAGCUGCGCCUUGCAGUCGCCCCUGGAGCGUGUGCUGAGCUUGCUGCGCCCCCGGGCUGCCCCCACUGAGCUGCGGGCCCUCGUGGUGGAAGAGCAGGAGGACCUGGAGACCGAUGAUGAAGGCCUCAUCAGCUUUGAGGAGGAGAGGGCUCAGCUCUCCUUCAACACAGACACUCUGUGCUGA